GCCCGCGAUUUAAACCCACGUGUGCCAUCGUCAUUAACUGGGAGCGCGGCGACGGGAGGAGUCAAAGAAGGCGUAACGUUUCCAGAAAAGAGUUACGAAAUGGCCCCAAAUCGAAAGCUAUCGGAAAUUGACACUGAAGAUGAGAGCUAUGAGUUGCGAAGACAGAAGAAUAUUGAGGAAAACAAAGCCAUGCUGAGUAAGUUGCUGUCGGACAUUGGAGGGAUGCCUGGCUUGCCUCGUCGUCGCUCAAAGUCACCCAAGCGAUCUCCCAAGACAAGGAAAUCGCUGGAUUGCAGUUUCAUCCGGAGGCGCAACCCUGCCCGCAAGGCACGGCUGAGAUCACCGCUCUUUCAGCGCCCCUCCUUGAUCCAGACCACGAGGCAGAAGAGAAGGGCGGAGACUGGAGAGGAGGAUGAGGUCAAAGUUUAUGUCGAUGACGAAGACUUGUUUCCCGUCAAAGAAGGGGAGAAACUUAUUAUUAAGUUUGGUCCAACAUUCAAGAAAUCCUCCCUGGACUCGGGCAACGAUUCCGACUCUGAUUUUGAAGUAUACGAGGAUGAAGUUGAGGAACUGCCAACUCCAACUAAACGACGGAGGCUGAACCGCCCUCAUGAGGCAGCAAGGCAACCUGAAGACAUCACUGAGGAGGAACUGCAAAUGGUCGCCGAGUGUGUCAGGGACAAGAAAUACAAUGCUGAAGUGGGCACCACCUGCCACCAGUGCCGCCAGAAGACCAUUGACAUGAAGACCAUAUGUCGCUACGACGGCUGCACCGGGGUCAGAGGCCAGUUCUGUGGGCCUUGUCUUCGUAAUCGCUAUGGCGAAGAUGCCAAGGCUGCUCUGCUGAACCCGGACUGGAUCUGCCCGCCGUGCCGUGGCAUCUGUAACUGCAGCUUCUGUCGCAAGAAGCAAGGACGCCAUGCCACGGGCAUCCUCAUCCAUCUGGCCAGAGAGAGCGGUUACACCAGCGUCAAGGAUUAUCUGGAGAAAUUUUCAAGGGCUUGAGGACCUCUGUUUGGCAUGACUUCACCUGCUGCAGAAUACUCAGGGUUAAAGGUAAAAGGUCAAACACUGACCUGUCUUUAAAAAGUCACAGUUCAUUUGCAUGUAUUUACUCCAGACGCAGUGCAACUUGCCAUUUUUGGAAUAGAGAAUUAAGCCUCAAUUCUUUUUUUCCUUGGGACCAAAGUGUUUUUCUCACUGGCAAAUGUGACGGAAAAUAAUUUCCAAUGGAAUCUCCUUUUUUUUUGCAAGAUGUAGAUAAAUUAUGAGGCCAUGUAUUGUUUCGACCAUCAAUGAAUUCUCUCAACCAACUCUUGGACUCUUUCCCAUGUUGUAGAUUUAUGAAACCUAAAGACCAUGGAGAGGUUUCCUCCAAAUGAAAUCCGUUAAAUGAUAUUGAACAUUGAGAAUAGAGUUUCUGCAUUGUGGCCAUCCAGUACAUGUAUUUCUGUGUGCAUCGAAUGGUGUUGGGGUUUUGAAAAAUCAAUCCAGCGACCUUAAGCAGAUCAUUUGGUCCCCUUCCAAGUUCAAUAAUCCCGUGAUUAUUUACGUACCACCUUCAUGAGAGUUACAUUUCCACAAUUUUUCACAAUAGCUUUAGUUUACAAUUUGACAAUCACAAUUUUGACUAAAUUUCACCAUGAGAAUUGAAUCCAAGUAAAGUAGCAGAUAAUGGGACUUGCAGUUUUUAGAGAAUGAUCAUAUUGUUUUCAGUUUUUGACCUUCCAUGGUAACAUCAUAUCCACGUCAUAUAUGUUACUUCUUUCCAGUUAAACAUCUGUCUUUGAAUCCCGAGAAGUUUCUGGUUAAAAUACCUUACUCAUAUUCAUGAGCUGAAUUCUCAUUGGUCCAUUCACCGUCACAUGCCACGCACUGUUUUGGCAGUUUACCAGACCUGCACACGAAGAUCCAUGUCAAAUGCACAUAUUCAUAUGCAAGCAUAGUGAACUAUUUUCUGGUCAAUCAGGGGAACAGUUUUACUAUGCAUGUGCUUUAUGAAGUUAUCAUGGAACUAUUGCUGGAGUGAAGUAGGCGUGCUCCAGCACAAUGCUAACCGCGCAUAAAGAGAGGGUGGCACAUCUCAAUGUUGAUCUGCAUAUUCAAAUGAGGGCUGACGUUGUAAUGCUAAUUGAAUAUUUGAGAGGCAUAGUUAAACAAUGUAAACAUGUAUUAAUCAUGUUUAGUCUGGAUGGAUGGUUGCUGUCACCUCAUUCUUGAUAUUGGACGUUGACUGACUUCCCCUAAGCUUCACCUCAGGAAUUAUGGUAAUUUGUCAACGUCCAGCACUCAGUGGAGGUGACAUCGACUAUUCUUCCUCAAACCCUGUUAUAUUUGUGUGAUAUUGCCAAGUUGGAGCGGUCUAGUACAUGUACAAAUGGAUUAAAAAUGACCACCCCAGUGAGUUUUUUCAAACAUUUUUAAAUAAUGAUUAGUAUAAAGUUAGCAUUGAAAAUGCAUUGAAAUGGCGUGUGAGACGCUUGCCUACGGAAGAACUUCACUUUGAAAUGACUUGAAAAAAAUUAUUUUGAAAAUGUUGUUCACUUCUCUUAAGCCCUCGGAAUUCUUUCAUGUAAUUGUCUAAUAUAUAGGAAAAUUCAAUCAAGAUAAUAAUGCUGAUGUUGAAGAGCUGAUCAUAACGAUUGCAAAUGGGCCAUACUUGUAGGGAUAGUUGCUUUGUGUGAAGGAUAAAAAAAAGUGAGCUUAUAAAUGUAUUCUUUUUAGACGAGCUAUGUUUAAACAGAGAACGUUGGUGCACAACAUUAUAUGUACACAGAAUUGAGCACAAACGGAAAUCCAGUUUGGAGAAUGUAAAUAUUAAACAACUUUUAAUUUUUUUUUCAUUUUUUUCCCUUAAAAUCCCACCAGAUCCAAUUUUACUUCGUAGGAUUAAUUUGAACAUUGUUCGACAAGUUUUUUUGACAAUUUGAUGCAUCUUAAUACAAAAUGAGAUUGUUGUAUUUGAGCUGGAAAAUUACAGCUGUGCUUUGUGGAAAUGCCAUAGAAGAUUGACUAGAUCAUAGAGUGACUUUUAGAAUGGGCUUUAGAGCCACAAUAAUGCCAGCCGGAUGGGGACAUGUGUAUUUGGCGCACAACCCGUCACUGCCGGUCUGCAGUCAGAAUUUAAUUGUGCUGAUGGCGUCACACUUUGUUUGAACCCUAACAGGCCCCAAUCCCCCAAUGUCAAGAUGAUUUCAUGCAUCCUAUUUUACAUACACCAAAGGAGAGCACACCCGCAAACAAAGCGUAGGUCAUCAGUAUAGAGGUCGGUUGGUGUUACAGAGAUGGUGGUGAUUUUUUUGUAAUUAGAAAAGGAAGGUCAGGAUGCGACAUAAAAUAGAAAGGCCUAGCGAGCAGCAAUGUUUCCCCACUGUAGUGUUUCUCUCUAGAACUUCAACGUACGAACUUUUAGCCUGCAACUCAGCACCUGGAGUGAAGACAGAAAUGUUGUCUAUUUUUAUUAGUGAACCCCCUUUAAUGGAAAAUAGACAUUUUUCCCAUCUAGUUUUCUUUGACUUCAAAUGCUACCCCAGUAUGUAGAAACUGUGCCAUUGAUACAACCUGGGUGUUAAAUUAACACCACAGUUUUUCAGGGUGGAUGAUAAAGUGCAUAACCAUCAGGGAAACCAAAAGCUUUGUUACUUUUUGUUAUCCUUUGUUUGCCGUAUUGCUGAUCUAUUUUCCUGCCUCGACCAUGAGAUUUUCCCGUUGCUCAUCGGAGCAGACCGGGUCAACACUUCAGUACAUAAUUCGGCUGAUGCCUUUUUGAUUUGUUGGGCUUUGAGAUAAAAGUGUGUUUUUUAUGUCGUCAUUUACAGCAAUUUGUUUUGAUAAGGGUAUGAGAUGGAGGGUGCUUUUGUUUAAAAGUAAAUUAGUGGAAUAAUAAUUUUUUUUGCCAAAGGACGUAAUAACUGCAAACUAUUUCUCAACUCCAGAUGUCAGAUUACUCUUAAACAUGAAUUUUCUGAAUUUUACUUUCUGUCAAUGUGGUAAAAGUGUACGAGAGUUUAUCAUUAUGUCACACCGUAGGAAUGCGAUAAGCAUUUGGAACAUUGGAACAUUGGUGUUUUAGUUCAUACUGCUUUUAUAAUGCAACUGAUAUUUCUUAAUUUUUCACAAUUAACAUAUAUAUAUGCAGUAAUUGAAUUUGAAUUUUGCAAGUAUUUUUCUUGUAUUUUGAAAACGCUGUUCAUGUUUAUAUGUUUUCAUACUUGAUUUGUCAAUAAAGUGGUUUACUAAGAAAGGA